UUAGAGAGCACAAAACCCUCUGUUCUCGAACCUGAGAUCUACCGGGAACUGCACUGCAGUGUCCCAUUUCAUUCCCUCCAAAUUUCUCCACAAAGAUAACAACAAUAACAGAAUAAAAUAUAACAGAAAAAAUAACUUACAAGCUGCAUCUACACAACCCUGUUAGUUGCUACCAUUUCCCGACGGUUUUGAAUCAUGUGGGACACCAUUGCAAAUUUGAAAGAGAACUUGAACAAGAUCGCACUUGGAGUUCACUGCGAAGAAGAAGAAGACGAAAUGCUCCGCAUCUACGGCGGUGAAAUCACUUCCAACGGCGGGGAAUCUCGCGUCUCAGAUCGCCGGAAUUCUAACGGAUUUGUCCGUUCCAAAUCGGGAAUUAGGUCGCCACUCACAAAUGGCAUCGAUUAUGUCUCUAUUUCUAAGAUAGAACAAUACAGAGCAGAAAUCAAGAGACUUCAAUCCUCUGAAGCAGAAAUUAAAGCACUGUCAGUUAAUUACGCAGCUUUAUUAAAAGACAAAGAGGGUCAGAUUGUUAGAUUAAAUAAAGAAAAUGGUUCACUAAAGCAGAAUCUGGAGGUUGCGAAUGCUGCUCCGUAUGCCUCCAGAAAUGAAGUUUCUAGAGCAUCUACAAGUGGCACUUCUUCAAUCAAGGAGCUUGCAAAUACAGUUGAUGGAAAAAUUAGGCUAUCAAAAGCGGUGCAAUAUUCCUUAGAGAUAAAAAAGCUAAAGUUAGAACUAAAGCAAGAAUGUGAUCAGUUGGCAAAUGUUCAACUAAAUUUUCGUGAGGAGCAGGAAUUGAACAACUCUUUCCGGGAGGAGCUUAAAAUGUUAAAGUUGGAAAGAGAAAAAACAUUAAAGGAGAUGAGCAAAGUACAAAAUGAAUUGAAUGAGAAAGCAUCGGAAAUAAAGCACCUGCAAUUUGAGUUGACUAGAAGACAAAAUGAGGAAGCAGGGGAGGAUUUCAAUAGCUUGAAAAGACUAAUAAAAAACUUGGAGAAGGAAAGCACCACUCUCAAUAGGGAGAAGAAUGAAGCUGAGGUUGCUCUCGAAAAAAGCAGGAAGUCUUUCACUGAAAAAAUGUUGUCUGAUGCUUUGCAUAUUCAGAAAAAGGAUUCAAGCAGCAUCAGUGAUAUGCCAUAUCAUUCUGAGAGUUUUCCAGGAAAGGAAGAAAUGGAAAGAUCCUUACAAAAGCUAAGUGAAGACUUGAAGGAAACACAGCGGGACAGGGACAAAUCAUUAAAAGAAUUGAGCCGCCUUAAGCAGCAUUUGCUGCAAAAGGCCUCUGAAGAAGUUGAGAAAUUGGAUGAGGAGAGUAAAAUCAUUGAAGAGCUUCGUGAUAGCAAUAAUUAUUUAAGGGCCCAGAUAUCACAUCUUGAGAGAACUCUGAAGCAAGCCAUUGCAAGUCAGGAGGAACUGAAGAUGGUGAACAAUAAUGAAAUUCCUAAGUCUAGGGAAAUCAUUGAUGACCUCAACAAAAAGCUUACAAACUGUCUGAGCAUAAUAGAUUCUAAAAAUGUUGAACUUUCAAAUUUACAGACAGCUCUUGGACAGUACUAUGCUGAAACUGAAGCCAAGGAACAUUUAGAAGGGGAGUUAGCCUGGGCAAGAAAGGAAAUGACUGAGCUUUCUCAGCUGUUAAAAGAUGCAGAUCAGAGAGCAGAUAUAUCAAUGGCUGAAAAAGAAGAAACUUUGGUCAAGCUUUCCCAAUCUGAGAAAGCACAGACUGAAUGGAAAAGUAGAAUAAGCAAGCUUGAGGAUGACAAUGCCAGAUUAAGGCGAGCUGUUGAGCAGAGUAUGACACGGUUAAAUAGAAUGUCGGUGGAUUCAGAUUAUCUUGUUGACAGGCGCAUUGUUAUUAAAUUACUUGUAACUUAUUUCCAGAGAAAUCACAGCAAAGAGGUUAUAGAUCUUAUGGUUCGCAUGCUAGGAUUCUCUGACGAGGAUAACCAAAGGAUAAGUGUUGCUCAACAAAGUGCAAGCAAAGGUGUUGUUCAAGGAGUUCUUCGGCUACCUGGCCGCCUGGUUGGAGGCAUCUUGGGUGGAAGUUCGACUGAAGCAGUGGCAACUGCAGGAUCUGAUACCCAGUCCUUUGCAGAUAUGUGGGUUGAUUUCCUUCUCAAGGAAACCGAAGAAAGAGAGAAGAGAGAAACAUCAGGAAAUACAGGUACAACCACUGAAAAUUCACAUGAUAAAAGUCCAAACACUAUUUCUGCUAUUCCCCCUCUUCCAAAUCAGAGGUUUGCAUCUGUUCCCCCACUUUUCAAUCCGAGGUUUGCAUCUGUUCCCCCACUUUCCAAUCCGAGGUUUGCAUCUGCUUUACCAAUAAUUUCAACUAAUCAAAACAUCAGUCUUCUCCCUCCUAGCUAUUUUCAGCGUCCUGAAAAUUUUGGUUCCGAGUUCUCAACAGUUCCUCUUACACCAUCUAUUGCCAAAAGUACUGGUUCAAACCAGCUUCCAAUACUGAAUAUAGACAUUGGAUCCUGCACUUAAUCCAAGGUAUAUAUAUGUUUUCUUUUGUUAAAAUUUUGUUUCCAUUGCUUUCGAGGUCUCAUCAUUCUCGUGUGCAUUUAUGUAUAUAGUUUUGUAAAAGAACUAUACUGUUGUAGAUGUUCUAAUAAUAUCAUUCUAUCUCUUCAA